AACUCAGAAAGAAAAGAUCAUCCCUAUAAAUUUACCCUAGUGGUAUUUUCCAAGUCAAAAUGGCGGCGACCUCGCGAGGUGAAAGAGGGUGAGAUGAAUGUUGCAGAAAUUCUCAGAAAAGCUGAGGUGCUGAAAGCUGAUGUGGCAGAUGGCCGGAUGGGUCCAGCGGAAGCCUGGACAUCCAGGCAGACCCUACAGGACCUGUACCAGCAGGCCCUGGUCACUGACCUGGAGUACGCUCUGGACAAGAAGGUGGAACAAGACUUAUGGAACCAUGCUUUCAAGAACCAGAUAACUGCCAUGCAGAUGCAGACCAAGGAUAAAACUAACCCGAACAGAAGAGACAUCCAGGCCAGUCUAGCAGUGUUCCUGGAGGGUGCCAGUGGGUUCUACCUCCAGCUGCUACAGGAGCUCUGCUCCGCAUUUGACCUUGACUUACCCUUCAGGCCAAAGUCCUCCAACUAUGGCAUCAUGGGAGAGCCGCGUCCGUGGCACAAGAUCCUGCCUCCCCAGCCCAGCUCCUGCCUGUACAUCUGUCAGCACUGCCUGGUGCACCUGGGGGACAUCGCACGCUACCGGAACCAGCUGUCUCAGGCCGAGUCCUUCUACAGACAUGCUGCUCAACUGGUACCUUAUAAUGGUCAGCCCUAUAACCAGAUGGCUAUCCUGGCUGCAUCACGAGCGGAACAGCUGCCGAUGGUUUUCUACUACUGCCGCAGCAUCGCAGUCAAGCAUCCUUUUCCUGCUGCAGCCACAAACCUCAACAAAACCUUCUCCAAACUGGCUGAUGGAGAGAAUGAGUUGAAGACCCACAAGCUGUCCUCCCAUGAGGUUGUUCUGUACUUCCUAAGGUUUCAUGCACACAUCUACCUGAGCAAAGAUUUGCCCUUUGCUGCUAAAAUCAAAGACUUGCUGAUCAGUCAGUUCAGGACCCAUUUGUAUCAAGAGGCGUUCACGUUACGAGAGCUGGUGUACAUGGUGGCCAUCAACCUGUUCUCACUGCACCACGUACGGGACUGCACCACAGACAAGGACAUCGACACGGCCGCGUACAGUGAUGAGGAGGUGGCGGGUUGGAACCUGGCGCUGGGCAUGUCAAUGUCCUUACUGAGCCUGAUGUUGCACUACAUCCCCACCAAGUCUGAACAGUCUGCCCAGGACUCUCCCUGCCUGGCUGCCGUCAAAGUCACCCUGGACUGGCUCACUCACAGACCCAACCUGUUCGAGGAAGAAACAAUCAUGGAUAAACCCUUCAUAUGGCCAAAGCUGGCUAGAGUUCUGAACUGUAUACAGUUGAAAGAAAGGAUCAACAAUCCAGCAAAUCGGCCCUUGCCAGAGGACUUUGAACUGCAAGGAUUCCUGCCAUUGGUUAAAGCACACAGGCCUUUGGACUUCAGCAAAGGCCAGAGUUCCAUCCUGGAGGCAGGUGAGGUGCAGGUGCAGUACAGGUGCCAGCGGCUGUGUGACAUCGGCACCUGGAUCACGGACAACAGACCAAGUUUGAUGAAGAAACAAGACAAGCAAGGUGCACAAAAAUUCAAGUUCACAAGCCCCUUAAAAGAGGAGGUCAGAGAAGACAAGGCUAGAGGCAAGUCAGAAGAAGAUGGAGAAGAAGAAGAGCUGACUCCAUCCUGGCCAGGAGAGGGGGAGGGGGGCGUGGAGGAGAUACUGUCUGAGGAAGGGCUGAAGUCUGUGGGGAUCCAGGCUAUCAUCACCAGGGACAAUAGGUCACCUGAGGUCAGCCAGGGAGAGGGACAACAACAGAUCCCCCUACACCAGCCACAGAUGACCCCCCAGUCUGUACCUCUGCAUCAUCCAUUCCAAGUACAACACCAGGAACACCUGCAGCAGCUACAACUCUUACAGCAACAGCAGAGACUACAGCAGCAGCUACAGCAGCAACAGCAGAGUCUGCCCAGCCCUCCUGUCGCAACUGUACCACCACGGUCAGCACAGGACAGCAGUCAGUACCCCAUGCUACCUACAGGGAGCAUUUCACUAGAGAUGUUGGCAUUGCCACCCUUUGUAGGGCUUCAACAGCAGCUGAUCAAAUCAGCAGGCACUUUUCCUGGUGUGCCAGGACAGCUUCCUGAACUUCCGCACCAGUUCAGCCUGCCAAUCAACACUUCAGGAAUGGAACAGUCUGAUUUGAAAGGACCUAAUGCAGACAGCUUGCCAAUGCCCGGCUUUCCAGGCACCAGAAAGAUAAACCAAGGACAGGUCCCUAAGGGAAGCGACCAUCAGUACGUCUCUCCCUUCUCCGGCCCAGCAGGCACUACCGCUGGCCUCCAAGGCCUGCUGUCAGAAGGGCUGGAAACGUACUCCCCAGCUGUGUCUACAUCCUGGCCUGAACCGGGCAGAACAAGGGGCAUUCCAGCAGAGGGGCUGUCCAGAGCAGUGGGUUCCCCAGUGCCUGCUUCAGGUGGACAGGCACACCACAGCCCCCUGUACAAAGAGGAUGGUACAUACCCGGCAGAUCGAGCUGAGGAAGGCUUCCCUGGGGUAGGGAUGCCAGCGUUCAAUACCGCACCAGGGGCCAACCUGAAGUUACAGCAGCAGGGCCGAGAGCUGAGACGGUCGCCAGUAGACACCUUCCCAUCCUCCAGGAUUGCAAUGGCAUUCCCAGCACUGUCAAAGGGGAAGUCAACAGUUACCUCCAGUGGAUCAUCCUUUGAUGGCUAUUCCCGUCCCGAGGCUUCCCCUGGCCCAGAGCAGGCUGUGUUCACAGACUACAGUCCUGGUCUCCUCCCACCCCAGUCUACAGGCAGUGGGUCUUACUCCCUCUUCCAGUCCUCCUGGUCAACUCCCAUCACCAGCAGUACUGGACAGUCCCUCACGGACAGAGGCCUGUACUCCUCAAGCCUGUUGUCGGACUCCUUCUCCUCGGCGAGUGAGACGAGUUUCUCCCAGGCCUUCAGGGACACUUUACACCUGGAGGGGAACCUGGGCAGCCAGUACCUGGCACAGGAGGCGGAGGGGUUUCCUGACAGGUACCAACCAGAUUCCGGUCAUCCACAGGACAGGGGCAGCUUCAGCAACCAGGGCAGAGGGCAGUACCAAGGGUCAGCAUUCCCAGGAACAGAGAGUAGUCACUUGAGUCAGCUGGGGACCAACAUAGGGCUGGGGUUCAGCAGUUCUGGCAGCUCCUGGCCCCCUCCCUCCACAUCCACCACAGACACUGGCAACACCGGCUACUUCUCCAGUGAUCUACAGUCUAUCUGGUCCAGCACCCCUGCCAGCUCGGGUCAGUCAGCCCUGGAGCAGCUCCUGCAGCAGCAGAAACAACAGCGAGACAACACCCCACCCUGAGCCCACGUCUCACCCACAACUUCAACUACGUCCCAACCACACUCAGAUGGACCACCGGUCACGAUGUGUGUCCAACUUGGAUGAAAAAAGCAAGCGUUUGCCAGCGUGUGUGUGUUGGUAGCAGGCCAGGAGCAUCGCCCUGUAGAAGGACCAGUCGGGGUCCUGGGGAAAAGCUUUCACAUAGGGCAUAUGACCUAGUAGAUGCUCCAUCUCUUCAUGAUUCAGCCAUGUCUAGAGUAAAAAAAAGCACCUGGUGCCAGUUCUAGCAUAGCAGCACUGAAGGGGUAUGAGUGCCGGUGCGGUGGCUGCUUGAAUGGGCUAAGAAAAUGCUGCCCAAUGGCCUGAGGGUAAAGUUAAAGUCUACACAGGGCUGAGAUUAUAAAAGUAUGUUCUCAUAGUGUCUAUCAAAGCAGAGAAGUGAUAUGUCAUGCAAUGACCCUGCAAACAUGAGGCUUUGCUAAGGAAAGUGCUGGCGUAAGGUACAUGUAUUGCUGAGCGAGAAAGAAACAUCGCAAACUGUUUGGUAAGGCGCCUAAGGGUGGUAAGUUUUAGCUUGUGAUAUUUGAUCAUCAACACUCUCAGUUCUGGUGUUAUGAACUGAUUCCUACUCCUUUGCUUGUGUGCUCUACAAAAUGUGGGUGUUGCUGCCCUGUGUUUGGAAGAGGUACUUCAAGCUUUUGCAAAUCAAACAAUGCAGAGGAGGCACUUCAUUUAAUGAGGAAGAGGAGCUUUUCUUGGCUGUUUGACGUCUUUGCACAGAGUUGACAUAACUUUAUAUAUGUACGAAUGUUGUGGUGUCUACUUCAGUGGCAUACUGUGACACAGUCCUCCACCUGGACUUAGAAAGUUUGCUGAUAUACUGUUACAGUAGUACAAGGAUCUUGACCUCAUGUAGCAUCAGUAUAGCAUAGGCAAAUUUCCAAGUCAUUAGUACUAUAGUUGUACAGCUACAAUUUAUGUAUAAUUUAUGUUUGUGAAACUUAGAUGAAUAUAGUGAUACUGCAUGAUAUAGCACACUAUGGUUGUUUGCUUUGGUAGAAGCAGUCUUGUGUGUACAGGCACAGGCAUUACAGUGCACCACAUUGACAGUAUGCAAGCAUGUUUACCUCCUCAAAAUCCUGAUCACGUGACAUGGUGUGUAGCCAUUGUCACUGUGGGAUUCCAUUCAAAUCUAGUAUAAAAAUGACAUUUUCAAUGAACAGAGGGAUGUAUAAGUGUUAACCCAUACCAGUCAGUUAAAGGAGGUAAGAAUUAGUUAUUGUUUUAGUUGUAGAGGAGAGGUACAUGUAAGACUCAGGUGGUAUCCCAGUUGUCACCAUGCUGGACUCUUGUAUUAAGACACAGCAGCAGGCCCUCCUAAUACUAGUAAUAGUAUGCAGCAGUUAGGUGGCUGAUACGACCCUCUAUAUUAGGGGUGGGUACCAGUACAAAAAUUUCAGGCACAGAUUUAGUUCAGGUCCAGAGGAUCAGGUUCCGGGCCGAACCUGAACCUGAUGGUCUGGGAAUACUCAAAACUUUUCACUAAAUUUGUUUGAUGGAGUAUCAGACACACGCCGGUGUUUUAAAAUCCUUACUUCAUGAAAAUAAGACUGCUUCUGUACGUUUCGCUGUAGAAACUUUCUAGAAAUGACUGUAAAUUCUACUUUGCUGUUUGACUGGUAAGCACAAAAAUGUGUGGCCACCCACCAAUAUGUUAUAUUCAUGUACUAAUUGGUCCAAACUGUUUUUAAAGUCCAUUUUUUUCAGACCAGUCUAAGAAAAAAAAAACACCCCUACCAUUUAUCCACCCCAAGGAUGGAAUAGAACUAAAGGUUUUGCCUGGCAUGUCCCCUGCCAUGGUACAAGCCAUCAAGGGCACCACCCAUGAAACUCAUCAAAUUCCAACCUGUUUAAUUGUAUCUUAGUCUACACAAUUGACAGGCCAGAAAAUAAGGCCAACCAAGGUUGAUUUUGUGGAUGACAUCUUCCCAGAUCUCUAUCUGUACAUACAAGCAAUCGUGAAGUUGCAAUCCAUACUCAUUAGCAGAUGUGAACCCUUUGAAAACAUACUCCACAAACAGCAGUUUAGAUACUGUGUACCCAGAAACAAGAAAGCUCAUAUACAAUGUACAUGGAGGUAGUACAAAACAGCUUUUGCAACAGGAGUUUUUUUUCACUUUGCACCAGAGUAAGAGUCUAUGACUAUGGAUGAUUGUAUCCAUUGAACCUAUUAUGUGUGACCUAGAAAUACUUCCAGUGUUCUUCUGUAAUGAGCAUAAGUUAUGUGAAACAGGAAAAGUGCUCAUUUAACUCUUUAGAAAAGUGUUGUCAUACUUCGCUUGACAUGGAUGUGUGGCUCCGACUUUGUCCUUGAAGUGUAACCCAUUAAUGCAGGAUCACCAAGAGUGGUCCUCUCUCAGCUCUCCCUGUAGGAUGUGGGUUGUAGUAGGUGACAAGCCAUGCAAUGGAAAUAAAGGUUAUGUCUUUGGGAAAGUCUAA